AAGGGUGAUAUGGAGGAAGAAGAAGGACCGUGCAGCUCCACAAACGCCACCCAGGUGAAAGCCCCUGUGGAGAGGGAAGAAAAAACAGAAGUUGAAGAAGACGACAAACUGUCGCUUCUCACCUGGAAUAUUGAUGGACUGGAUGGAGAGGAGCAGCCACAGAGAGCCAGAGGGCUCUGUUCAUACAUCCUGGAAUAUUCUCCCGAUGUGGUGCUUCUGCAAGAGAUGGUCCAGCCCUACAUUCGCUUCAUGCACAAACGACUGGCCACCAACUACACUUUCAUUGAGGGUACAAGCAAACAGUCUUGCACGGAAUGAGAUCCUACCAGCAACGUGUUGGUCUAUGAAUACAUCUGUAUGCUCAUACUGGCAGGGGGUGAGAUCGGUUACUUCACCACAAUGCUCCUGAAGAAGACUCGCGUAACACUGCUGGACAGUAAGAUACUUCCUUUUCGGUACAGUCGCAUGAUGAGGAACCUGCUCAUUGCUCAGGUGAUGUUCAGGGGUCAAAAGGUCUGUUUGAUGACAUCUCACUUUGAGAGCUGUAAAGAUAACUCAGGGGAGCGGAUGAGGCAGUUCAACGCAGUAAUAAAACGGAUGAGUAUGGCUCCUGAUGACUUUACAGUGCUGUUUGGAGGAGAUACCAACCUGCGAGACUAUGAGGUUUGAGCCGUCUUUGGAAUUUCAGCAACAAGCGUGUCCUGUUCUUUAGUCCAAAGGUGCUGCAGCAGUUUCAGAUCCCUAACUGCUUCAGGAUUGUUAAUUGAAUAAAGACUGAGUCCCUGAUUGGUUGCUUUGGAGAAUGUAAAACAUUUUUUAAGGUUUCUUGCUAUGUUGACUCUGUAUAACCUCACCAAAUCCCAAGCUUUCCUUAAAGGGCAAAUUGGCAUUAAGGACCCACUAUGAUGAAAGUGGUAUUUUUACGAAAUGCACUACCUCUCAUAGCCAGUAGGGGCUGUCUCCAAAACGUUUCUUGCUUUGUAUAAACUUGCAACAAACUGAAUUCAUUAUACCGUAUUUUCAGUAAAAAAGAAUAAAUUAAAAGUACCCAAAUUGAAAAAAGCAAUGCAAAUACAAAAAUGUCUAUAAAGUCUAAGCACAUUACAGAGGCUUCAUGAUUGAUCGUUUUACUGUAGGUAGCCACAGUGGAAAUUCCUGUAAGUAUCUGUGACCUUUGGGAGCAGCUGGGAGAGCCAGAAAAGUGUCGCUACACCUGGGACACCUGGGCCAACACAAACAAGGAGAUGCGCUUCAAAAAUCGCCUUCGCUUUGACCGAGUAUACCUGCGGCGGGCUGUCAAAGACGGGGUCCCACGCAUGGAACCCCACAGCAUGGCUUUAGUCGGGCUGGAGAGGCUUAAGUGUGGCCGAUACACCAGUGACCAUUGGGGAAUCUACUGCACUUUCUCCUUUGAGUAAAAUUACACUUUUUAAACAUUUUUAUUGUCCACCUUUACUUACAAACUUUCAAAAAUAUGUAUUCUUUUGUCUUGUUAAUGGUUGGUUAAUUUGCUUGAUUGAGGUGGAGUUUGUAUUAAAAUCUCAAAGUCUGAAUGCUUCGUUUAGUAUAAUUUGUGGUUGAAUUUGUGGCAAAAUCGACACUUAUUUAAUAAAUUUGUGGUAACAUUUGUUAGGCAGUUCAUUGUCUUUCCUUUUUUUUCGGUGUACAGAAAUUGAACUAUUUUUUAUAUUACAAAUGUAAUUAAUAGAAAUAAAGUUUAGCCUCAAGUACAAAAGGAGUUUAUACAAACAGACACCUCGUGUAUCCAAAAAUUCACAAUGCCCGAUUGUAACAGUGAAAUAUGUCCAACAUUAAAAUUAAAGUUGAUUUUGCACAAUUUAGGCCCUUUCAAUUGCAAUUUUCCAUGAAGUAACCUAAGUGUUUUUAUUGUGAUUUGUUGUGAGUUAUUUUUGUCUUUGUGCUUUUAGUUGUUUUAUUUUUUUUUGUAAAGCACUAACAACAACCUUGUGAAUGAAUUGCAGGUCUGUUUGUUUGUUUUUUUCAGACCACAAAGCAAAACUUUAAAAUUUUUCUAUACCGAUUUCUAAAAAUCAUUGUCAUUUUUUCAGCCCAAACCAAACUGUAACUUUUAAAUAAACGACACUACAUGUUUUUGGGGGAAAACAUGUUAAGAGCAAAGCAACAAAACAAACUAAUGGCACUAGAAUCUUUUUAAUGACAUAGUUGAUUAUUUUGAAACACUUCAAAUUGGAAGCUACAAAUAUAAAACAAUAGAAAAAAACCCAGACCUUUUCUUACUGACAUAUAAAUAUUACUUGUCGAAAUAACAUUUUGUCAAUUUUUUAAAGGUUUCUGAACCAGUUUAAAUAAGCUAAGAGGCAAUAUUUUAUACUGAAACAAAAAAAAAUAUCAUUUUUUUUAGGUAUAGAUAGGCCUGUCUGUUAAAAAAGCGUAAUUCAAAUAAAAAUAAAUGUAUUGAGAAAGUAAAGAAAAUUUAAUUGCUUUAAAAGUAUGUUCAUGUACUGUACCUAUUCGAAACAUUAAAAAAAAACUGCAUCUCUGCAAGCCAGCCCUUUAAGGUGUCACGCGGGCAUUCUUGUAGCCUAGGAGAAGUUUUGUUUACUUCCGGGUUGUGGUCACCAUACACAACAAUUCGUCCACAGCAACCAAGCUAAGCGGAUUAAAGACCCGCUGUGAUGGCAGGAGACUCGGAGGACGACAUACCCGAAUCGGGGGCGGUUUUUACUUUUGGAAAGAGCAAAUUUUCCGACAAUAUUCCCAGCAAAUUUUGGCUUAAAAAUGACGUCCCCCGCAAGAUAGCCUGUGGCGAUGAGCACACCGCUUUGAUAACAGAAAAUGGAAGACUCUUCAUGUUUGGCAGCAACAACUGGGGCCAGCUCGGUCUUGGCUCCAAACUGACUGUCAACAAGCCCACCUGUGUCAAAGCCCUGAAGUCGGAGCGGAUCAAGCUGGUGGCCUGCGGACGGAACCACACGCUCAUCUGCACAGCAAAGGGACAGGUGUACGCGUGCGGCGGCAACAGUGAGGGGCAGCUGGGGCUUGGCGACUGGGAAGAAAAGACAUCCUUCCAGAGAGUGGAAUUCUUUGACUCCCAGGGAGCGAUCCAGAUGCUCGCUGCCGGAUCCAACACCUCCGCCGCCCUCACAGUGAGCGGGAAACUCUUUAUGUGGGGUGACAACUCAGAGGGUCAGAUUGGUUUGGGCAAAGAGAGCCAAGCUUCUUCGCCACAGGAAGUCGGCGUGGGACGGCCUGUCAGCUGGGUGUCUUGUGGUUACUACCACUCCGCCUUUGUGACGGUGGACGGAGCUCUGUACACGUUCGGGGAGCGGGACAGCGGGAAACUGGGCCUCGGCACCGAGCAGCUGUCUGGGCAUCGGGUCCCUCAGAGGGUGAAGAGCAUCAAGGAGGCGGUGAAGCAGGUAGCCUGUGGGGGCGGCCACACGGUGGCGCUAACAGAUGACGCUGUGUUCACUUUCGGCCUCGGUCAGUUCGGGCAGCUCGGUCACGGCACGUUCAUUUUCGAGUCCCGCCUGCCGCGGUUGGUCGAGCAUUUCAAGAAAGGGCGAGUGUGCCAGGUAGCGUGCGGGGAAAACCACACGGCUGUGAUCACAGACGAUGGUUUGCUCUACACCUUUGGAGAUGGACGACAUGGAAAACUGGCCCUGGGGGAGGAAAACUUCACCAACCAGUUCAAGCCCACUUUGUGUCCGCGUUUCCUUGAAUGCAACGUUCAGGCGGUGUCGUGCGGCGGCUGUCACAUGGUCGUGUUUGCGCGACCCAGGGGCCCCGGCCACGCUGACGUGACCCUAGAGGACGACGACGUGACACAGGACCUGCUGGAGAAACCGUACGUGGACAUGCUGGGAGACACCAACAGCUCCUCCACCCUCCAGAGGAGCCUCUCCGCACGGGUUCGCAGGAGGGAGCGGGAACGAUCUCCAGACCAUUUUGGUGCCAUGUUUCGUACGAUUUCCGCCACGAUGCCGGCCUUGCUUCAGCCUCCACCUCCUGUCUUCAGCCAGACCAUCCCACCCAGACUGCCCCCACCCGAACUCAGCCACAGAAAAGUGUCGAACGGCGACAAACGCCACCGCAGUGCGGACUCUAGCCAGCAGGAGCAGACCGAGGGCGAGAAGGGCGACACCGUCGAGUCUGUGACGGACACCGACAGCGUUAAAGGUCUGGGAGAAACGACAGACUUCCUCAACAUGACUCACGUGAUGAAGAUGGACCCCGGAGAUAAAACACUGUCUCUGUCUCCACUACUGAAGUCAAAGGGUAAGCAUGAUAAGACUUUAACAGAGCAGCGUCAGAGAAAGAACAGGCAGCCGCCUAAUCAGAGCAGCUUCUCUUCAACAUCUCCGUCUCGUAAGAGUGGCGGGGAGGAAGGGCGCCGCUCGCACGCUCCGCUCUCUCAAAGCGAGCAGCGGUGGAAGAAGAACAAAGAGAACCUGAUGGUGGGGGUGGAGAAGCUGCAGGGGAGGUCCAAGAAAAUGAAAACUCCCAGCGUCAGCAGUGCUGCAAUGUCCGAGUCGCAUCCCAGAGCAGGUCAGGGUAAACGACAGACGAGUGGCGUCGGCAGGAAACAGAAUCUAGAGGCCAGAAAGAGUCCAGAGAGCAAGCUUAAAAAGAACAAACGGCCUGUAGAAGACGAGAAGAGCUCAGCAAGCUCCAGACCUUCCUCUGAGAAAAUCAACAAACCCAAACAGGGAGUGGUUUUAUCCAAAAAAUCAAAGAAUGAGAAAAACCGAAAAGCGUCUGAUAAGGAGGAAGAACCAGACGCUCAGAAGAAGUCAGACCUUCAUAUGCUCGCCACAGCCGCCUCACUUGCAGCAGGAGCCACCUUCAUCCAAGAAAUGGUCUCAAGGAGUGGCUCCAGCUCGCCCUCGCCAUCUGAGAGCCGCCGCCGCAUCCUGCAGGACAGUGAGACAAAAUCAGGGAGCAAAGAGUCCGACCUCGACGGUGCCGAGCCGAGCCGGAGGUCCUCCGUCAGCAUCAACGUGAUCCCUGCGCCGCGCAGCCCCGAACAGAGAACGAGUCAGGAUGAAGACGAGCUGAGUCUGGACCAAAGUGAGGAAGAGACCAACUCUGCAGCAGCACAGGAGGAAGAGGACGACGAAGAAGAGGAAGAAAGUGGGAGAAAGAGCCCUGAUAUUAGUGAAAAGAAUUCUGCAAGUUCUGACAAGGACACAGUAGAUGAAGAUGAUGAUGAUGAUGAUGAUGAAGACACUCUUCAACCAGAGGAGGCAGAUGAAGAAGAGAAAGAUGAGAGCGGUGCUGAGGAAGAGGAGGAAAGAACAAGCGGGGCAAUUGAGACCGAACCAGAAAGUGAGGAGAGAGGAAGCACGAGCAGAGAGGCUGAGGAAGAGGACGAGGAAGAAGAAGAGGGCUCGAGUCAGGAGACAGAGAGCAAAAAAAGAGAGACCGAAACUGAGGAAGAAGAGGAGGAGGGGGAUGAAGGGUCAGAGAGGGAGGAAGAAGAGGAGGAUGAACGUGAGACGCUGAAGUCCUCAGAGGAGAACGACGAGAGCGACGAAGAUGAAGAAGAGGAUACCAAAGAGGAUGACAUGGAAGCAGAAAGUGAAGAGGAGGAGAAAAGUAAGGACGAGGACGAGGAUGAAGACGAAGAGGAAGAAAGUGAAGAGGAAGAAGACGAGGAGGAAGAGGAAGAAGAUGAGGAGAAAGAAAGUGAGGAAGAAGAAGAGGAUGAGGAGAAAGAAAGUGAGGAAGAAGUAGAAACUGGGGAGGAGAAGGAGGAAGAAAGUGAGGGAGAGAAAGAAGAGGAAGGAAAUGAAGAGGAGGAGCAAGAAAUUGAAAACGAGGAAGAAGAACAAAAUACAAGUAGUAAUGAAGAGGAUGAAGAAGCUGAAGAGGAAGAAGUUUCCGAUACUGAUGAGGAGGAAGAGGAGGAGGAAGAAAAAGAGGAGGAAGAGGAAGAAAUCUGGAAGAAAAAAAAGUCAGCAGGAGCAAAGAGACAGAAUGUUAAAUCUGCACCGGGACGCAGAGGAAGGUCGGGAGGUAAAGGGCCGACGGGGGGAGAGGAAGAGGAGUUCUGGGAUGAUGUUCUGCCCCAGUACCUUAAUCUGAAAUAACCCCGUGUGUCCUGAAGAUGUGGUGGAGACAUGCAGACCAGUUGAAGAUGAAGAAGAGGAGGAUUCGGAGGACGAUGAUGCUGAAGAAAAGGAGAAAGAAACGCCGGCGGAACCCCAGAUCAACAGC